AUGGAGAACACUAGCAGGAACACUGAAGUGCAUUCGAAUUCUGAUGCUUGUAGCAAUACUGUGUUUGAUCACCAUAGGAUUGAUGAAAAUUUUGAUGUUGAUUUGCGAGAGCUUGGUAAAGAUUGGAUCCCUGAAUGUGCCGAGGGAUUGAAACCAUACAUUGAUCAGCGUUUUAGUGAUCUUGAUCAAGCUUUUAUUUUCUACAAGGAAUACGGUAGAUCAUCUGGAUUUGAUGUACGUCGUUCCACUGAAAGGAGUGACAAGGAUGGUAAUACUAUAGAGAAGUAUUUUGUUUGCUCAAGAUCCGGACGUCCUGACGACAAAAAUGUUGAUGGAAAACUCCAAAAGAGGAGGAGAACAGUUUCAACAAAGUGUGAAUGCCAUGCAGACCUUGUGCUUGCUUCACAUCAACUAGGUGGUUUUUAUGUGAAAAAGUUCACAGAAUCGCACAAUCACCCUUUUGCAGGAAAGGGAGGAAUGCAAUUCCUAAGGUGUAGUAGGUCUCUAACCGAGUUCCACAGAACAUUUAUCUUUGAUGCGUCCAAAUCAAACAUUGGUGCUUCACGAGCGUAUACAAUUUUUAAAUCAAUGAUCGGUUCAUAUGAAGAUGUAGGAGCUACUGUUGUUGAUUUUAAGAACUUUGCCAGGGAUAUUAAACAACACAUUGGGAAGCACGACGCUGAUAUGAUUGUCCAGAAAUUUAGGGAUAUACAAGAAUCUUCAGACUCGAGUUUUAGAUUUGAAUAUAGAACCGACUCGGGAAAUCAUCUCACUCAAUUAUUCUGGGCAGAUGGUGAAGGCAGGAAAAACUAUGAAGUAUUUGGUGAUGCUGUUUCUUUUGAUGCAACGUAUAGGACAAACAAGUAUGGCAUGGUUUUCAUUCCUCUUGUAGGAAUUGACAAUCACUGGAAGAGUGUGACUUUUGGGGCGAUUUUGCUUGAACGGGAAGACAACGAAAACUAUAUAUGGGCAUGCGAAUCUUUUAAGAAGGUGUUUGGUAAGGAUCCUAAAUGUAUUAUUACAGACCAAGAUUUAGCAAUGAAAGCUGCUCUUCAGAUUUCCUUCCCACUUGUUAAGCAUCGGCUUUGUAUGUGGCAUAUAAUGAAAAAAUUUCCUUCUAAGCUAGGAACUGUUUUCUGUGCUGAAUCAGGAUUCAUGGACAAACUUGGACGAGUAAUCUGGGCAGAUCACAUAACGCCAGAUGAAUUUGAACAAGGAUGGAUAGAUGCUGUUGAUGAAUUUGACUUGAACGAGAAUGUUUGGCUAAAAGAAAUGUUUGACAUGAGAUCUUUGUGGAUUCCAGCAUACUUUAAUGAUGAACCAAUGGUAGGACUUAUGCGUACAACAUCGAGGUUGUUCGCACAAUAUCACGCAAGCGUACGUGGUCACAAGUAA